AUGAUACUUAGUGAAAAUCCGUUAAACUCCUUUUUCUCACUCGUGCGUACGCUGUCUGAUGAACUUGUAGAAGACAAUAUUAAGAAUGACAAUAAAGCAUUUGAAAAGCACGUAUCUAAGGCUACUGAUUUGAAGGAUAAGAUUGAUGAUAAGGAUGAAGAUUCUAAUAACAAUUGUUUUAAGGACAUGAUUGAGGAAGUGAAGGGUGCGACUGAAGAAAUUAAUAAACUUAUUGAAGUCACGAUUUCCAACAUUAGAGAUCCUGGUGUUGUUAUUGACAGCGAUACUAUUCCAAGCUUCAAAUCUCUUUUUUUCAUAAUCACCCAAAUCACCAAUAUUAAAAUGCAAUAA